UAAUUCCACCGCCAAUUUUUCCGGCACUUCAACCUUCGUCUGUCACCUCUGAACUACAACAACAACUCUGUCCAACCUCCAAGUCCAAGGUAUGCCUCAACGCUCUCAGCCCAACUCAUUUUUCUACUACUAUGUUUACCACAACCAGGGAACCAUCAUCCCUCUCUGCUUCGACGACCUCAGCUUUGCACAAUUCCGGUUCCCAAGUAUUCGAGGCUAGGGCUCUUCAGACAUUGCCUGCUGGCAGCCCUGCUUUCUCCACGGACCUAUACGUAUCAGAUUCGGAUAUUUCUUUCGUUACUAACAUGAUUAGGGAGUACACAGCCAAUGGAUUCUUCGAGGAUGCAAUUGGGUGCUAUCUGAAAUUGCUUAAUUACGGUAUCCCUACACAACAACUUCCCUUUUUCCCUUCUUUGAUUAAGGCUUUUGCUGGGCUUCUUGAUUUGAGAACGGGUCGGCAGAUCCAUGGACAUGUCUUGAAAUUUGGACUUUUUACGGAUGUUUAUGUCGCCAAUUCGCUUCUGGCCUUAUAUUGGAAAUGUGGGGCGUUUGAGGAUGCACUUCAUUUGUUCGACAAUAUUCUCAACAGGGACUCCGUAUCUUGGAAUACGAUGAUAUCCGGUUUUGAUCAAUCAGUGUUGCCAUUACAAGCCUUAACGAUGUUCCGCAGAAUGGUGAGGCAAUUGGGUGCAAUCCCAAAUAGAGUGGCUUGUCUUUCUGCUCUUUCAUCCUGCUCUUCCUCUGGCUCUUUACUUCACGGGAAAGAAAUUCAUGCUUUUGUCAUAAAAAACGGAUUGGAUCUGGAUCCAUCUGUUGUUAACGAGCUGAUUGGCAUGUACAUGAAAGGCGGGCAGCUAAGGAAUGCAGAACAUGUUUUUAGGAUUGUGCUUGAGAGGGAGCCUCUAAGGGAAAACACUCUCAUUUGGAACGCAAUGAUUUCAGGUUACAUUUUCAAUGGGUGUUUCUGGGACGCUUUCACUUUGUUCCAGAAAAUGUUGAUGUUGGGUAUAAAUUUAGAUUCUUCGACAAUGGUGACUGUUUUGGUUUUAUGUUCUCACUUAUUGGAUCUGAAGGUUGGAAGGCAAAUCCAUGGCUACAUUGUCCGCAUUGGACUGAAGCUAGAUGCAAGAAUUGAGACGGCUAUUUUAGAUAUGUACUGUAAAUGUGGAGAAAUCCAGGAUGGUUUAAAUAUAUUUGGAAGGUCUUCUAAUGUGAAUUUUGUUAUGUGGGGAGCCGUGAUUGCAGGUUGUGCUCAGAAUGGUCGUUCAACAAAGGCAUUGGAAUUGUUUUCUAAAUUUAGAGUAGAAGGUGGUUUAGUCGAUCCGAUCACUCUUCUGGCUGUGCUACGGGCAUGUUCUUCUCUGACUCUUAUGCUUAAUGGCAUGGAAACUCAUGGACUUGCACUCAAGAUGGGUUUUAGUUCCGAUGUUUUCAUUGGUGGUGCAUUAACUGAUAUGUAUGCAAAGUGUGGCGACAUAGAAUCUGCUCAAAGAAUUUUUCUUGGACUAUCUGCACGGGAUGUGGUCUCAUGGAAUGCUCUGUUAUCUGGAUAUGCUCAGAAUGAUUAUGCAGAUGAAACUUUAAAGGCAUUUCAUGAAAUGCAAGACGAACUUGUCAGACCUAAUACUGUAACGUUUGCAAGUAUUCUCUCAGUAUGUGCCCGUCUGUCUGCUUUGAUCUUGUGCAAACAAAUCCACUGUUACCUCAUACGAAAUAGGUUUGAUGCCAAUGUGCUUGUGAGCAAUUCACUGAUUUCUGCAUAUGCCAGGUGCGGAGACAUAAAUAGUGCCUUGAUUCUAUUCAAUGGAGUCUCUGAAAGGAAUGAAAUAUCAUGGAACUCAAUGAUAGCAGGGCUUGGGAUACAUGGCCACAUGGAUGGUAUGCUUGCUUUAUUCGAUAAGAUGAAAGCAGCUGACAAAAAACCUGACCAUGUGACUUUUACUGCUAUUCUUUCAGCUUGCAGCCAUGCUGGGAGAGUUGAUGAGGGAUGGAGACAUUUUAGAAGCAUGGUCAAAGAUUACAAUUUAAAGCCUGAACUUGAACACUAUACUUGCAUGGUUGAUCUGUUGGGUCGAGCUGGUCAUCUAGAUGAGGCAUUCAAUAUGAUCAUGGAUAUGCCUUGUCAGCCUGAUGCUCACAUAUGGGGAUCAUUACUUGCAUCUUGCAAAAUCCACUGCAAUGAAGAAAUGGCAGAGCGUGCGGCUAAUCACUUAUUUAAACUUGAUUCUAGUAGCAUGGGGUACCAGAUUCUCCUCUCUAAUAUAUAUGAAGAUUUUGGGAGAUGGGACAAUGUUACCAGGAUUAGAACAGAAAUCAAAGAUAUGGGCCUUAAAAAGAAACCUGGUUGCAGUUGGAUUGUAGUCGACCAUAAACUCAAUGUCUUUGUUGCCAAUGACCGGUCACAUUAUCAAUCAGAGCAGAUAUAUGCUACAAUUGUAAUUUUGACAGAAGAGAUUACGGGGGCUGGGUAUAUUCCUCAAUUAUACCCACUAAUUAUCCAACAUGAUGAAACUAGUGGGGAAGGCAUUGUUUAAAUCCUUCUGCACACAAAAAUGUGUGACCUUGUGUGUAUUACCGGCUAUAAGAGAGAGCACCAAUACAUUGCUUUUAAUUACAAGGAACUUUGACUCCAUGGGUGUGCUUAGGACGAACAACUUACAUCCAUUGAAGGGAAUGAUGAUGAAUUACAUUCAUUUUGAAUGGUUGGUGGAUGCUCAGAAG